GCUUCGCGCCCAGUCAGUGCCGCCGCGUCCCGCCGCGUCCCCCGUGCCGCUGCGUCUGUUGCUGGCGCGUGCCCGCCGGUGUGAGCGUGUGCGUGUGCGUGUGUGUGUGUGUGAGUGUGAGCUCGGCAGGAGCAUGGGGCCCCGGGGGCUCCUGGUGCUCGCGGCCCUGGCGCUGCUGCUGGCGGUGCCCCUCCCGGCGCAGGCCGCCGCGCACGCCGUGGACCGAGAACUGAGCGAGUCGCUGGAGACGGUCCUCCAGGAGGACAAGGUGGUGGUGACCUGGACGCACCUCAAGCCGCGCAGCAGCCGCAAGAAGAACGCCCCCGAGACUCUCCUCUCUCUGGACUUCCCCGGCUCCGAGAACAAGUUCGUUCUCACCCUGGACAGGCACGAGAAGAAGGUGGUGCUGGACGUGACAGUGGACGGCCUCCUGAAGUCCGACCACUGGGCCGUGGACCCGCUGUCGCCCGACGAGACCAUCAAGAGCCUGGUCCUGUACUUCGACCAGCGGCAGCCGGGCGCUCGCGCCCGCCUCUACGUGGACUGUGAGACCCAGGGCUCGCUCAACCUGCACACCACGCCCCGCGACCUGUUCAACGCCGUGGACUCGGACACCAAGUCGGUGCAGGCAAGACGCGAGCGUAAGCACGCGGUGGAGGUGCUGGGCGACGUGCGCGCCGGCCUGGUGCUGGACAAGCUGGGCUGCCCCAAGCAGGAGGACCAGAUGGUGGCCAUCGAGCCGGACGGCUCCGGCCGCCCCGGCGAGCGCGGCCCUCAGGGCAACGAGCUGUACCCCAACAGAGGUGACAUUCCUAUUCUGCACGGCUGCGACGAGUGCGACAAGGAUCUGCUGGUGAAGACGCUUAACGACCUGAUCAACGCCAUGAAGAGGUUGCACGACGAGGUGGAGCAUCAGGUUGGUGGUUGUGCGGAUGCUCACGCACAGUUGAGGGCGCAGUACGCGUGCGACUUGAUGCAACGCACCGAGACCCGGCAGCUUCGCGAGAUGCUGGAGCAGUGCGAGCUCUGCAAAGGAGGCGAGCCCGCCGCCAUCAGGAUCACGUGCGAGAGCUAUCCGCCGCCCUGCUUCCCCGGGGCCGAGUGCCGCGACACCGCCGAGGGCCCCCGCUGCGGUCGCUGCCCCCAGGGCUACGUCGGCGACGGCCGGAGCUGCAAGCCGGGACGCACCUGCGCGGAUCGGCCGUGCUUCCAAGGCGUGCGCUGCUACGACACGGUGGAGGGUGCCCAGUGCGACCCCUGCCCCGCGGGCUACGUCGGCGACGGCCAGCGCUGCAAGGCGCGCAACGGCUGCGAGAACAACCCCUGCUGGCCGGGCGUGCAGUGCCACCCGCUGCAGGACCACCCCUUCUACCGCUGCGGCAGCUGCGAGGCCGGCUUCACGGGCAACGGGACCACCUGCCACGACCUGGACGAGUGUGACCUGGCCGAGCCGUGCGACCCCCGGGUGCGGUGCGUCAACAUGCAGCCGGGCUACCGCUGCGACCCCUGCCCGCCAGGCUUCACCGGCUCCCCCGGCAUCGAGGGCGUCGGGCUGGAGUUCGCGCAGCAGUACCGCCAGCGCUGCGUGGACAUCGACGAGUGCGCGGACGGUCGCAACGGCGGCUGCGCGCCGCACAGCGUCUGCGUCAACACGGAGGGCUCCUUCCACUGCGGUGGCUGCGCCAAGGGCUACGUCGGCAACCAGACGAUCGGCUGCCACAACAAGCCCGGCCUCUGCCCCGACGGCACAGACUGCGACCAGAACGCCGACUGCGUCCGCCACACCGCCAACUCGUACCGCUGCAGGUGCCGCGUUGGCUUUGCUGGCGACGGCCACAUAUGUGGACCGGACAGGGAUCUGGACGGCUGGCCCGACUACGACCUCGGCUGCAGCUUCAGCCGCUGCAGAAAGGACAACUGCGUGCUGGUGCCCAACUCCGGUCAGGAGGACGCCGACAAGGACGGCCUUGGUGAUGUCUGCGACCCGGACGCCGACGACGAUCUCGUUCCCAACGGCGGCGACAACUGCCCCCUGGUGUACAACCCGGACCAGGCGGACACGGACCAGGAGGGCCCCGACAAGCAGGGUGACGCCUGCGACAACUGCCCUACCGUGCCCAAUGUGGACCAGGAGGACACGGACGGCGACGGCAUCGGGGACGCCUGCGACGACGACAUAGACAACGAUGGUAUUCUCAACCACCAGGACAACUGCCCGAAGAAGGCCAACUCCAACCAGAUGGACACGGACGGAGACGGCCUCGGUGACGUGUGCGACAACUGCCCCAAGACCCCCAACUCCAACCAGAUUGACAGCGACAACGACAACGUGGGCGACGCCUGUGACACGAACCACGACACGGACAAGGACGGCCACCAGGACAACGUCGACAACUGCCCCAGGAUCCCGAACAGCGACCAGCUGGACACGGACCGGGACGGGCGGGGAGACGCCUGCGACAACGACAAGGACAACGACGGCAUCCCGAACUUGCAGGACAACUGUCCACUCGUCUACAACCCGGAUCAGGAGGAUGUAGACCAGAAUGGCGUGGGUGACGCCUGCCAGGGCGACUACGACAAGGACAACGUGGCCGAUCACCUGGACAACUGCCCCAACAACUCCAUGAUCUUCUCCACUGACUUCAGAACGUACCAAACCGUUGUUUUGGACCCCGAGGGUGACUCCCAGAUCGACCCGAACUGGGUUAUUUACAACAAAGGUGCUGAGAUCGUUCAAACUAUGAACUCGGAUCCGGGUCUCGCAGUCGGUUUCGACUCAUUCGGUGGCGUCGACUUUGAGGGUACGUUCUUCGUGGACACGGAGAUCGACGAUGACUACGUGGGCUUCAUCUUCAGCUACCAGGACAACCACAAGUUCUACACCGUCAUGUGGAAGAAGCACACGCAGACCUACUGGCAGUCCACUCCGUUCCGCGCCGUAGCCGAGCCGGGCAUCCAGAUCAAGCUGGUCAACAGCCGCACCGGCCCGGGACAGAUGCUGCGGAACUCGCUCUGGCACACCGGGGACACCACUGACCAGGUCCGCCUGCUGUGGAAGGACCCGCGCAACGUGGGCUGGAAGGAGAAGACGGCCUACAGGUGGCUGUUGCUCCACCGGCCCACCAUCGGGCUCAUUCGGCUGCGUAUCUUUGAGGGCGAGAGCAUGGUCGCCGACUCGGGCAACAUCUUCGACAACACCCUGAAGGGCGGCAGGCUGGGCGUGUUCUGCUUCUCGCAGGAGAUGAUCAUCUGGUCCGAUCUCGUCUACAGAUGUAACGAUCACGUUCCUGAAACCAUCUACCGCGAGCUUCCCCCAAGACUUAUGAAGGACGUUCACAUCGACUAUUCCAAGACACCCAUGCCGAACUUCUACAAUAACAGCAAGAAGUAGUGCGGAUGCAAGAGAUUACUUUUUGUGAACAUUCUGUGAGCAGAGUAGAAAUGUUAGAUUAUAUUUUAUUUUGACAACUAAACAGUUUGCUUCUAGACGCAUCAGGUUUGACACCUGAUGCACCAAAUAUGUUUGCAGAGGCAGUUUAGACGCAAUUUUAGAGUUUACCAACUUACAUAUUUCCUACCACACUACUCUGUUUCACGCCAGUUUUCAAGGCGAUGGGCUUCAAACUGUGAGAAGAUGUUCUAAGCAUGUUGAAUCGUUAGCUAGAUUUUCCCCUCAAAUGUUACCUUUGGUACCAUAUGUGCCAGCCAUGUACAUGUAUAAGUACUCUAAUUCUUUAUUCAUUUUAAAUCAUUUAGAAGAUUUUUUCAUCCUAUGGGCUACUGCACGAUAUACUUGAAUUGAGUUCCAGAACUAUCAUCCCUCAAGGCUUCCUUGUGUGACAUUAGACAUCACAUUCCUUCCCUCCACUCAGUGUCAUGAAUCAAAAUCAAAUUUCCACCAUACCCAAGACUCUGCAGUUUUAUGGCUGAAAAUGAGUUGGAUCUCUUCCAACAUUGUAACAUGUCUGUAAUAAUUCAUAUAUUUGUAAUAAAUUUACCAUUAACAGAGUCAUAAA